AUGGAUGGGUUACAAAUAGCUCUGCCUAUUGUUGGAGUUGUUGCUGCUGCAGCUGUGACCUUCUAUGCAGUGAGCUUUGCUGAGCUUAGAGAGAAAUCAUUUAGAGAUUUGGAAGAAUCUGAAUAUGAAGAUGGAGUUUAUAGGCCAUCCCCUAGCUCCCGGGAGAGGCGUGCCAGAAGACAAGCUAACAAAAAUAACAAAAAAUGA